GCCGCUCCCGGUUUGCCCAAUGGGGUGGAAAGGGAGGGGCCAGACUCGAAGGCGAAGACCCGCCCUCCGAGUAUUUCUGAGCGGCCCAAGCGCGAAGGCUUGGGGAAGAAAAAUACCACCGUGGAAAAAUGAAGCUUUUUUCAAGAAUUCAUCCAAAUGCCCUGGCAUACUCAAUGACGACAUUAGGUGCUGGGAUGAUGAACAGCAUCUUUAAUUUCUAUUAUGUUAAACUCUUUUUAAACAAAUACAAGAUAUCUGAAGCAGCAUUCCAUCAAGCACAGGUUGUUUUUAUGAUCUGGAAUGCCAUUAAUGAUCCUCUCUUUGGCUAUAUUCAAGACAACUCCAAAGUGCCAUGCUGCUCCAGGCGUCGGUUUUCCAUUUUGUAUGGAGCUCCCUUGUAUGCUUUGGCCUUUCUUCUUCCUUGGUUUCCUUGGAAACAAUAUGAAGAAGGUGACUGGCUUAGCGGACUUCAUCUUAUCGUUGCUUUGUGCGCUUUCGAUGGCCUGCUUACGUUUGUCUUGCUAGCACAGUGUGCCCUCUUUGCAGAGAUUUCAACUAGACAUGAAAAUAGGCUCCAGCUUAUUAAGUAUAAUCAAGUGGCAACCUUGGUUGGCUCCACCAGCAUCCUUUUCUGUGGCUUAAUUUCAGAUAACAUGGAGAACUUCACCUAUUUUCAAGCAUUUGCUGUUCUGGUAGGAGCAGUUGCCACUGCUUGCAUGUGCUACACUGGAAUGUAUAGCACCACUCAGUAUGAACAAAAAGAAACUCUAAUGGAGGAUUUUGAUGAGAAUGCUGAGAGCUCUCUCUCUUGGUCCUCUGUGAUUUUGUUGACAAAACAGAUCAUGACUCAGAAAAACUUUUUGCUUUUUGUGACCAUGAACUUCUUUCAAGUCUUCCACUUGGCCUUCUGCAACAAUUUCAUGAUGAUCUUUGCAGAUAACCUCAUCCCUAAGGACGUUCUAUCAUCAUCUAUCAGAAGUAUCAUGUAUGGGGCAGGUUUUAUUUGUCCUCAGUGCCUUGUGCUAAUCAGUCAAGCUUUGUUGAAGAAAUUUGGUUACUAUAAGGUGGUCUUGUUUUCCUUCUACUUGGAAGCAAUAGCUGCCACUAUCAUGCUUAUUGUAGGUCCAGAACACUACUACUUACUGGCUAUUUAUCUUACAGCAAACAUGGUCAUUGUUCAAGCUUCUUUCAGUCUGUUUAAUUUGCCUUUGGCCGAUAUUGUGGAUGCAGAUUUAAAGAAACAUAAACGGAGAUUACCACUUUCCUCCAUGGUUUUUGGAACAAAUGCCUUGUUUACAAAACCAGCCCAGUCUUUAGCCCCUAUGCUUGUGGUUACCAUAUUAAAUCAAUUUGGUUAUGCAAAUCUGAAUGGGAAGGUUGCUCACCUUGACCCAAGUUUGUUUCUAGGUCUCCAUGAUGCCAUGUUCUACAUGAUCUGCCUUGUUCCUCUUUGCAUUGCACUUAUACAGAUUCUGACAUGGACACCCUUUUCCAUUCAGAAUAGCCACCUUACACUUUGACAUUGAAUUGCAAAUGUGUGGAUCGGGAACGCAACUGUUCUGUUUUACAGAGGUCAGCUGAACAAGAACAUUGGACUUCCUUGAUUCACAGGGAUCAUCUGCAGCCUGAGCCAGUAAAUGCUUUUCUGUUAUAUCUGCAAAUCCUGUGUGUGCCUUAUCAUGCCAUAUCUUUCUAGUUCAACUGUACGCAAGUUGGAGAUAUCAAAUAGACUUACUGAGUACACCAAAAUGCCACUACCUCACAUGGACGCCUAAGAGAUAAAUGCAUAAUAGUAUGGUGUGAUUCUGUGAACAAUAAACUUGACACUCUUUUUAGAAGAACUAAGGGCCCGUGAUAAAUCGUAAGAAGCUGCAUUUGAGCACCCUCUCUCAUAAAAUGUGAAAUGCUACCUCUUUGCUGUAAGCAAAACAAGGUCAACCCCCCCCCCCCGGGAAUAUUGGAAAAUGUAUGUUUGAUUUCUCUCCCCCUAACUGGUAUUUGGUCUGCAAAACACACCAUGAUUUCCCUACAUGGGAUACCUUAGCUCUGCAGGGGUUGGAAAGAAGAGCAAUGACAGCAUUGGAGCACAUUGGAUAAAUUUGUACGGACUGUUCAGCAAAGAAAGCUUUGGCAGAAUUUAGAGAGAGAGGUAUGCAUAUCUGUGCUGUGGAGAGAGCCUGAACUGAUGUUUAUGUUUACAUACUCAUGACUACACGAGCAGUGCUGCGGAUUGUCAUUGGCAACGAAAAAGGGAGAGACGGAACAGUAUAGUUGAUGCAGCAUAGUGGGAAACCCAAUUAAUCCACAUGGUGGAGAUGCAAUGGCUGCCUGAAGUGGAGGGCAGAAGCUUGCACAGAAGCCUGUGGCUUGUGAUGGGAAAACUUGAUAAUGAAAGAAGUAGUGUUUGGGCAUCUCCAAAGCAUAAUAAAUGUGAUUAAAUCAAACUGCUGGGUUUAUGGGACUGUAGGAAAAAUAAAUUUACUGGGUGGCAGGCUCCUUAGCUUUGGAUUUCUUGGCUGCUUGAUGCCAUGCAAAUAGGGAUAAUCAUAUGUAAAACUGUACUAUAGCCCUUGGAACUUGCAUUAAAAUAUACUAUUUGAAA